UGAUGUAUCGCCUUCUCUGACCAACGACUGGUAGACGAAAUCCAGUAGGGGCUCCUUGUGUCCCUCCCCUGUUCUUUCAAAAAAAAAAAAAACUGGUAGACGAAAUGGACACAACAAGAAAAUUGAAUCUCAGCUUCCAGAACCAAGCAAGCAGCAACUCAUGUUCAGACUUCAGACAACAAUGGAUUAGCAAUUGCAGGUCCUAAUGCGUCAGGGUAACACAUAUACUAACUAGCAGCCAAGCCAUGGCUCUCGGCGCAGUUCAGUCACUCUCCAGUCUCUUCAGAGAGGACAUGGCUCACAAAGGUGUCAUCUCCUUUCUCACCGUCCUUCUCUUCCACUGCCUGAACCCUGCCACGGCUGUCACUGUCAGUGCUGCCGCCGACGCCGCAGCCAACCAGGACCAGUUCGUCUUCUCGGGCUUCACCGGCGCCAACCUCACCCUAGACGGCACGGCGACCAUCACGGCGGACGGCAUCCUGGAGCUCACCAACGGAACGGUCCAGCUCAAGGGCCACGCGUUCCACCCGGCGCCCGUGCGCCUCCGCACGCCGUCGUCGCCCGGUGGCGGAACGGUGCGCUCCUUCUCGGCUUCCUUCGCGUUCGCCAUCCAGACCACGUACCCGGGGCUCAGCUGCCAUGGCAUCGCCUUCACGGUAGCGUCCGGCACGGACUUCUCCUCGGCGCUGGCCGCGCAGUACAUGGGCCUCGCCAACAUCGACGACAACGGCAACGCCACCAACCGCUUCUUCGCCGCCGAGAUCGACACCAUGCAGAACGUCGAGUUCCAGGACGUGAACAACAACCACGUCGGCGUCGACGUCAACGGCCUCCGCUCCGUGGAGGCGCACCCGGCGGGGUACUACGACGACGCCAACAACGGGAGCUUCCAUGGCAUGGACCUGAUCGCCGGCGAGGUGAUGCAGGCGUGGGUGGAGUACGACGGGGAGGAAGCGCGCGUCGACGUCACCAUCGCUCCGGUUGGCGUUUCCAAACCAGUAAGGCCUCUUGUUACCACACGCUACAACCUCUCCGACGUGCUAGCUGAGCCGUCAUACGUUGGCUUCUCUUCUGCAACUGGCCCAAUCAAUUCUCGGCACUACAUUCUUGGCUGGAGCUUCGCCAUGGAUGGACCUGCACCGGCGAUCGAUGUCGCUAAGCUGCCAAAGCUACCUCGGCUCGGCCCGAAGCCCCGAUCCAAGGUCCUGGAGAUCUUGCUGCCUAUUGCCACUGCAUUGUUCAUUGUCACUCUAGGGACUCUUGUGGUUAUGCUUGUGAGAAGGAGAAUGAGGUAUGCCGAGCUACGGGAAGAUUGGGAGGUCGAUUUCGGACCGCACCGGUUCUCGUACAAGGAUUUGUUCAAUGGAACUGAUGGAUUCAAGGACAAACAUCUUCUUGGACAAGGUGGGUUUGGUAGGGUGUAUAGAGGAGUGCUUCCAAAGUCUAAACUGGAGGUGGCUGUGAAGAGAGUGUCACAUGAGUCAAGGCAAGGAAUGAAGGAGUUUGUUGCUGAGGUUGUUAGUAUCGGCCGCAUCCGACACCGCAAUCUUGUGCAGUUACUUGGAUAUUGUCGGAGGAAAGGCGAACUCCUUUUGGUCUAUGACUACAUGUCUAAUGGUAGCCUUGAUAAAUAUUUGCAUUAUGAAGAAGCAAAGCCAGUGUUGGAUUGGGCUCAAAGGAUGCAUAUCAUCAGAGGUGUUGCAUCUGGUUUGUUGUACCUUCAUGAGAAGUGGGAAAAAGUUGUCAUUCAUCGUGAUGUAAAGGCAAGCAAUGUACUCCUUGAUAAAGAAAUGAAUGGACGGCUUGGUGACUUUGGCCUCGCGAGGUUAUAUGACCAUGGUACUGAUCCCCAAACUACACAUAUGGUUGGCACCAUGGGUUACCUUGCUCCAGAGCUAGUACGCACAGGCAAGGCAUCACCUCUUACAGAUGUUUUCGCUUUUGGUACGUUCCUUCUUGAGGUCACAUGUGGACAAAGACCUAUCAAGGAUGAUGAACAAGGCGACCAACUUUUGUUGGUUGAUUGGGUACUUGACCAUUGGCACAAUGGAACUCUCCUUGCCACGGUGGAUACAAGGCUGAAAGGAAACUAUAACGCUGAAGAAGUGUACCUUGUACUGAAGCUUGGACUGCUCUGCUCACACCCUUCUGGAAGUGCAAGGCCAAGCAUGCAAAAGGUAAUGGAUUACCUCGAUGGAGACUCACCGGUUCCAGAGUUGGCAUCGACACAACUGAGCUUCAACAUGCUAGCCAUGUUGCAAAAUAAGGGAUUGGAUCCAUAUAUUGUGUCAUGUCCUCCAUCAUCAAUGAUGAGCUUCGGAGCUAUAUCUGACCUAUCAGGAGGGAGAUGAUGUUCUAACCUUUGGAGUUUUCAUGGGAAAGGGCGUUUAUUUAUUAAUUAGUUAUUUACAAUAGAUCAGGUAGGAAGUGAGUAUUUGAUUAGCAGCCAGGUACAUAUUUCUAUGAGGUAUUUUCUUUUUGCCCUAUACUUUAGGUUGAAUAGUGUCGGAUGGUCAUUUUGUUUGAAUAGCACAUUUUUGUUAUUUACUAUAGUCAUUGAUUGUGUCCUCCUGAGCAUAUAUGUUGAUUGUGUCUGGGAGAAUGGAAGUUCACCAUGCUUCAUUGCAAUGCUUAGAACUUUGUAUUCCUAUUUGAUUUAGCCUAGAGGGAUUGUACUCAAAACAAUUGUACUAAUUAUAUUAUUUACUCUGAAAUGCUUGUAAGGGCUCAUAACCAA